AAUGGUCAGCUUCAUCAGAGUGUCCAAUGGUCAGCUGGUACAGGAGAGGGAAGUGAGCCUGCAACAUGACUGCCUGGGUAUUUCCCAUCGCCAAGGUAACCUGUACAUUACAGAUGGUGAAACUCUGUAUCACUAUACUGUGGAUGUAAGACUGGUGAGAAAGAUAUAUAGGGAUACAGGACAUGAAAGAACAAUUAAAUCCUGUGCAGUGAGUCCAGAUGGGGACAGGAUAUAUGUGAUCAACCAGCACAGUGCAAAGCUGGUCACACUGUCCAGGGAUGGAACAGUGAUCUCUACCCUGCCUGACCCUGCACUCCAAAGCAGCAGACUUCAAACUGUCACAUCUUGCCUCCAUGUGACCGACUCAGGACAAGUUCUUGUAUGUUUACCCAGGUCAGACACAAUCCUGCAGGUUGACAGAGAUGGGAGAGAGAUACUGGCAGAGGUGGUCACAAAGAAUGAUGGUGUGACUCGUCCCACAUCUGUCUACUACAGUAAGCACACAAGGUCACUAAUUGUCGGAAUGCUGCAUAACAAUGACAUGAUAGUGUUUCAGGCAAAGUGACUCUUGGAGGAGGAGGAUGUUAGUAAUCAUAAUUUAAAUAUUAAUGCAUACAGAUGUCAAUUAACACAGUUUGUAUACACUCUUUGUAAGAUACUGUAACUUUUGGAAAUAAACAUUUUAGUUCAAUGUUCCAUGUAUGAAAAUCACAUGAAAGCAGUCUUUACCAUUACUGAUAUAUUUAUGAAAUUUAAAUUAAAAUAUAAUCAAAUAUUAUUUGCAAAAAAAGUCAUUAGUGUUAUCCAAAGUAGUUUUUAAAGCAUUGUAUGCAUAUUUCAGAAUUGUCUAUUCAAUGAAUGUUGUUUGAGAGAAUUAGUUUGCAUAUUGUUUACAAAUACAGUCAAAACCCGAUGGCUCGAAUUUCCCGUUGGCUUGAACUCUCAUCAAAGCACCUAUUUUUUAUUGCUGUAUAUUCAUAUAAAAUUUUGACGGAUGGCUCAAAUUGGUGAGUCCCGAAAAAUCGGAUGGCUCGAUCUGUUUUCACAGUCUCGGUCACAGUUUUUACACAAUCUUUUGUUUGGAUGGCUCGUACUCGCCUCGGGUAACAUAAACUGUUAAUCGAUUAGGACAGCUAGAUUAAAGGCACAUAAUUGAGAUAACACUGGUUGCAAACAUGUCAUCAACUCAAUCGUUAAUUGAUUUGAGUAAAAGAUGACAUUAAAUAAAAUAUUGGUACAUAAAGUAUAGGAGUAUAAACUAUAUAUUUGGUUCUUAUUAAUUCAAAAGCAGGAAGUAGAACGAAGUCGUACAGAGUUUAAGCAAUAUAUGUACACGUCAACUGGAGGUGGAAAUAUUUGUAAACUCGAACUUUUGUUUCCGGUUCCAACGAGUUCGAGCCAUCAGGUUUCGACUGUAUUACAUUAUGAUACUGUUUAUGGUGUGCAUGUUUAGUACUGUUAUUUAUGUUUUCUAUGAAUAUUGUCUGAAUCAG